AUGGCAGUCACAUUUUUUGUUGAGUGGUUCACAAGGGAAGGGCACUGGAUUGUUCCACUAACUUUAUGUUGUGGCUCAUAUGCUGCUCGUGAGGUUAUUCUAUUGGAAGAGAAAUCUAAGACGCUUGAUCUGGGGACUAGAAAUUGGAUAAAAGUCAAUGUGGACCAGACUGGCUUCUACAGGGUGAAAUAUGAUGAAGACCUUUCCAGCAGACUUAGAUGUGCAAUAGAGACCAAAUGCUUAUCUCCAACUGAUAGAUUUGGAAUUUUGGAUGAUUCUAAUGCCUUGUGUAUGGCUUGCCAGCAACCUUUGACCUCCUUGCUUAAGUUGAUGAGUGCUUACAAGGACGAAGUGGAAUACACUGUUUUGUCUAACUUGAUUACCAUAAGUUACAAAAUUACAAGAAUUAUAGCAGAUGCUGCUCCUGAAUUGCUGAAUUGCAUCAAAGAAAUUUUUAUUAAGCUAUUCCAAUAUCCUGCAGAGUCAUGGGAUGCUCAGUCAUGA